GGCUCAGCUAGCUGCAGAGAGAGGUGCAAGGGCCUCCGGCUCGGCCAGCAUUUCUCGUGCUGGCGGUGGGCAGCAUCAUGCCGAAGAUGAGGCCUGACUUUCUGAUCCAGAAGCGUAUUCAAGCGGACAAUCAGUAUGCGGCAGCAGCGGAUUACGCGUCCAAGAUGGCCGCGGUGUCCCAGGUCACCCACUGGUUUGAGGGCAAGCAGAAGUUCGACUUUGCGGAGACCGAGAAGCGAAGCUCCGAGUUCAUCAAGCAGGAGAUGGAAGCUUGCAAUGAGGAGCUGAAGAUCAGGAGACGAACUAGACUCCGGGUCCUCUAUGAGACAGAGGCGAAAGCCUACGAGGCAGAGCUGGCCUCUCUUGGCCUCGCAGUGCAGCGGCAAGUGAACUGAGCUCCCGCUGGUUUCACUGUGGCUUCCCUUCUCAGAAGGGUGGCCUAUGCAAGAUGGGCCUAGGUCUGCGAAAGGCUGAAAAGGCAUGCAGCUCACUUUGGUCCCU